AAAGAAAGAAAGAAAAGAAAAAGAUUUCUCACUGAUCAUGGGCAAAUGGAAAUACAGUGCCAUCUACUGGACAUCUAAUUACACCCGGUUGAGUUUUGUAAUUAUCACGUGGCCGGAAUAUUUGAACAGCGCAUGCGCGCUGGAGUCGCACUGUGGUGUUGAUGUUGUGCUGUUAAAAUUUUUAAAUUCAAUGCAGCUAUUUAAAUUCGAGUGUUAAUAAUUAUACAGUGAGCUGUACCAUCUGUAACUUUAACGACAAAAUGUCGUUUUGUUCUUUUUCCGGGAAGGAAGUGUACAAAGACCAUUUUAAACGAGGAAUAUAUGUUUGCUCGCAGUGUGCAAACUCACUAUUUUCAAGUAGAUCCAAAUAUGCCCAUUCCUCGCCUUGGCCAGCCUUCACAGAAACCAUCCAUGAGGACAGUGUAACUAAAGUGAUGGAGACACUCACAGCUUAUAAGGUUCUGUGUGGCAAGUGUGGCAAUGGACUAGGCCAUGAGUUUCUGAAUGACGGUCCAGAGGAAGGCAUGUCAAGAUUUUGAAUUUUUAGCCAUUCGCUGAAGUUUGUCCCAAAAGACAAGGCUGACAAGCACUAAAGCGAGGAUGGAGGUCUGUGAACGUGCUCUGUAGCUGCUGUUGCACGCACAUUAAGGGGAUGCUCAGUUCAUGAAGUGGACAGGGAAAAAUCCACUUGGGCCCCUGUUCACAGAUGUAUGUGGUCGUCCUGCUCUUUACCUCAUUGCAAAACAGUUGUAAUAAUAUUUCAAAUAUGCACAAUAUCAUAGAAACAAAAACAGAUGCUUCCUCAUAGGUCAUAAUAAUUAAUAUUCUCCACUAAAUCCAUAUUAUAUGAGUUAGUAUGGCUCCUCUGGCGCUAUGGUUCUCAAACUGGGAUGUGUGAUGUAUAGAUGUAAUUUAUUAUUACUUUUUUAAAAGAGAUCAACUGUUAAUGUUGUAGUUAUUAUUUUACAUCUGCAUAUAAUUAACUCGUCAUUUGAGUUAACAACAUGUAUAAAUAUUUCAAUUUUAUUAACACUAGGAAAAAUAUGUUAGACAUUUCAGUUCCAACACUGCAUCUGGUUUUGGGUGGAAUGUUCAGGAGCAUUCAGGCUUCCAUAAAUAUGUAUAAUGGUACAUUUUUGCUUAAUGUAGUAUACUAAUAUGUGAAUAGUUCAACUGUUUGUAAAAUAAAAAUGUUCUACAAUUAA